CCGGGCGCCAUCUGUCAAUAUUUCUUGUCACAUCAACAUUUCUGCCAUUUCAAUCAUAUUAGUAGAUGGCAGUCAUCAUAUAUGUUUUCAAUCGAUCAAAUUGUGCAACCUACUCAAAAUCUCGUUGUGUGCUGCACGAGUCGCGGCAGUAUCAGAAUCUGUGGCUCUUUUCGGGAUGGCACAUGCGUCAACGCCAAAUGCCGCAGCUGCGGCCCGUCAUUCAUCAAUCGUCGACCCUGCAAAUAUUGAUCAGAUGAUAUUGGCAAUUAUCGAAGUUCGUAGAGUUAAGCAAUUGCAUCUCACCGAAGCGGAUAUACGAUCUCUGUGCCUGCGCUGUAGGGAUGUCUUACUCCAGCAGCCCAUGCUGCUGGAGCUUUCAGCGCCGGUCAAGAUCUGCGGCGAUUUACAUGGCCAGUUUACGGACUUGUUGCGUAUGUUUGACUAUGGCGGCUAUCCUCCAGCUUCUAACUAUCUAUUUUUGGGCGACUAUGUUGAUCGGGGCAAGCAAUCGAUUGAGACCCUCUGCCUGCUGCUGGCCUACAAAGUCAAGUUUCCGCAAAAUUUUUUUGUGCUCCGUGGCAAUCACGAAAGUGCUGGCAUCAAUCGCGUCUACGGCUUCUACGACGAGUGCAAGCGGCGUUAUACCAUUAAGCUGUGGCGUACCUUUGUUGAUUGCUAUAACUGUAUGCCAGUGGCGGCCAUUGUGGACACGAAGAUAUUCUGCUGCCACGGCGGUCUCAGUCCCGAGCUAAACAACAUGACGCAAAUCGCCAAAUUGCAACGUCCUUGCGAGGUGCCCGACAAGGGCCUGCUCUGCGACCUGCUCUGGGCCGAUCCCGAUCCCAAGAUAAUGGGAUGGGCUGACAACGAUCGUGGAGUUAGCGUCACCUUCGGUGCGGACACGGUGGGCAAGUUCGUGCAUCGUUUCAAGUUCGAUUUGGUCUGUCGCGCCCAUCAGGUGGUCGAGGAUGGCUACGAGUUCUUUGCCAAGCGCCAGCUAAUUACCAUCUUCUCGGCGCCCAACUAUUGCGGUGAAUUCGAUAAUGCCGGAGCCAUGUUGUCCGUCGAUGAGACGCUGAUGUGUUCGUUCUUUGUCCUUAGGCCAUCUAAGAAAACUGGCUUACGGAAAGUGUUAAACAAGUGACGCUGUGUGCUCUAAAUCUGCUGUUGAAUGUGAUAUGAUAUUGACGUAUUCUUCCGUUAGCUUACAAUUUUAUAAAUUAUUUUGUAUGUUUCCGCUUAGGAACGGGUUUUACUUCGAUUACGUCUUAAUAACGUGCCAACCGACAGAUAAUUAUAGUCAUACUAA